AUGUCGUUCAAAUUCAACUGGUCUUUUUUUAACAAAGACUCGCUGCUCGAUCAGACAUCGGAAGUGUUUAAAGUAGCCAUGAAUAAAGGAAUAAAGCCAGAUAUUAUUAUUGGUGAUAUGGCUGUUGAUAAGUUCGAGCUUGGCACUGUUCCUCCAAGUCUGGAAAUCCUUGAAAUUGGUGAUCUUGCUGAAGAUAAAUUUAGAGGUAUUUUCAAACUGGAAUAUGCUGGAGAUGCGUCUCUUUCGAUUAAGACCCAGGUUCAGGCUAAUCCCCUUGCACUGUUGAAUGCGCAGUCAUGUCGACUUCGUGGUGCUUUUCCAAAAAUUGUUGGUGCUGCUUGCCCUUUAGAACUUCCGUUGAGUAUAUUUAUUUCCGAAUUUAAGCUGUCUGCAAUAGUGAUUAUAGUAUUCUCUAUGGCAAGAGGCUUGACCCUUGUAUUUCAGAAUGAUCCUCUGGAGUCUGUUAAAGUGAGCUCAACAUUUGACUCGUUGCCAGGUAUUGCUGAGUUCUUGCAACAGGAGGUAGAGGCAAGGUUAAGAGAAUCUUUACGAGAUGAUAUCCCUGAAGUUCUCCAUAAAUUAAGUCAAGAAAAAUUAGUGUCAUCUAAUCGUUCUGAAGGUAUGAAAGAGCUUAUGACGCAUCUUCAACACACUCCACACUCACAUCGGUAUUCUAAUGCUUUUGCUUUCACCAAUGACUCGUCCCCAAUUCCUGACUUGUUUCACGGUUCAGAUGAGACGGUAAAUGGGCUGCAUGAUCUGGAUGCCAGUCAUUCUACCUUGAGUAUAAGAGCUGACUCCAUGAUUCCAGACUGUGUUACAAGAUCGACGCUAGCAUCCUUUGAGGAAGACCUGAAGGCAAAAGCAGCUAUGGAAGAGGAUGCCCAAAGAUUAAAAUAUCAGGCAAGACACAAAGGAAGCAGAAGGUAUAGUUCUACUAGCUCAUCAACAUCUUUAAGUGAGCUCGGUGCAAUGUCGCCCAUUAUGGAUGCUUAUCCUCGACUCUAUCGUGACGUGCGUCCUAAAAAGAGGGUAAUCAAGCUGUCCAAGACAAAUUCUACCAUAUCAGAACCGUCAACUAUUUCACCAUCAACACAAUUAGAAUCUCCCAAUAUCACAGCUUCUACCUCCACACAUUGUACACCCGCAUCGCCCCAAUCCCCGCCAUCAAGAAGCACACCUGAAAUGUCCCCAUUGCAUAGUAACAAAGGCUCGCCACGAGAACGGGGUCGACCAAAGCGCCGCGAAUUAUCCUUUGCAUCCAUAAGGAGCCCAUCGCCAAUAGACCUUGACUUCAGAGCUGUCCUAGAGAAACAAAAGCAAAAAGAGAAUCUUAGUUUUACACUUAAUGGAGCAUCUGAGAAGACAUUAUCAAAGUGGGCCAUAAAUAAUCAGCAUCAAAUUUUUGCACCGCCAAAAUAUGAAGAGUUGAGGGAAGACUUGUAA